UGGUUGCUGUGCUAUCACGCACGAGGAGAGGACCAACACGCUGCUUGCGAGCACACCAUGACGUGCUGAUACAUUGGCGGAUACCUCCAGGCUGGCCGGAGAAGCCAUAACGAACUCGGAACGAAGGAGGCUACGUACUGCGGCGAGGAGAAUGUGUGUCGUUCUCCGAUUGGCCUAGCUUUCACCCCCCACAAGCAAGUUUCCUGUUCAGCCAAGAAUGUUUAGGAAAAGCCGAGGGCCGCCUGUAAAUAGCUCGGCCCGCUCGAACACAAGCGAUAAUGACACCAAUGGUUCCAACGGCGAUGCAGCGGCGGUGGUGGAUGAUGAUUUGACGGUGUCGUUGAAGGGUCGUCAGGCAGCAGCGGCGAAGACCAAGACGACGAAGCCUAGGAGGGUCACGCUUCCGGCCGUGUCGUGGUCUAUGUCCUGGUGA